AGUGAUGAAUACAUCUGUUUUUUCUCAUGGAAAAGAAGUGUUUCUUUACUGAACCGCAUAGUGUACCUGGUAUACUUAUAGGUAUUUCAUUGCCAUGCUAGCUGUUAAUUUUGGUAUGUAAAAAUCUCUGAUAAGUAAACUUGGCUGCUGAGUAAAGUUUAGAUAUUUAUUGUUUAAUGAAAACGAACGUUGUUUAAAAAACAUUACUGUCGAAGGAAUGCUUAACCUGAACCGCAUUUGUUGUGAAACAUCUCGAAGAAUCAUUAGUAUUUUUUUUUUCCUUAAAAUUUUGUGAAGCUGAGCAAAAGUGAUUUAAUCAGGCUUAGUGAAUGGUUUCCUGGAGCUGAACUAUAAGUUUCAACUUGAACUUGAACUUGAUUUAUGAAUAGACUUCGAAAUCAAGUUUCAUUGCAAUAUGAAGUUCUCCCAGAAAUUACUCGACCUUUCAGAAAUAUUCGUAGCAGAAGUUAUAGCAACAACUUUUUUAUUGUAUUUUGGCUGUAUCGGACUUAUUCCCAGUUUAGACAAUUCAUCGCAGAGUGUUACACCUCUACACGCUGGUAUUCUUUGGGGGAUUGUUGUACUAGGUUGUAUUGUGAUAUUCGGACCUAUCAGCGGAGCUCAUAUGAAUCCUGCAGUUACAUUAUCUGCUUUAAUUUAUGAACGAAUCUCUUUACUCGCUGGUGUCGUGUACUUUGUAGCGGAAUGUCUCGGAGCAUGUUUAGGAAUAUGGCUAGUAAAACUAACAACUCCCAUCGAUCAAUAUCCGGAAAACUUCUGCUGUGUCAAGAUUCAUCCUACAUUGUCAAUUUACCAAGGUUUUCUGUCAGAAUUCAUGGGUACGUCUAUUUUAAUCUAUGCUGUCUGCAGUGCCUGGGAUCCUCGAAGUGCUCAACAUCAAGAUUCUAUGCCUAUUAAAUUGGGAUUUGUUGUGUCAACUAUUGUUAUUGCGAUGGGACAUUAUACGAGCGCUUGUGUAAAUCCAGCCAGAGGUUUUGGUCCAGCUUUAGUGAAUGGUUUUUGGGAUCAUCAAUGGGUUUAUUGGAUGGUUCCUUUGAGCGCUUCCGUCAUCACGACAUUAAUUUAUAAAUACACAUUUCUCAAAAAAUACCAGGAUUCUUCUCUUCCAAAACUUGAUUAUGAGACUCAUGAAAAUACGAGUACGUUCAAACUUCGGCCAGUUCAUUAAGUAAUUGUGUAUGUUUAAUAAUAUUGUAAUAAUUUUCGUACUUAGGUACUGAUAUUCUCACCUCAGAUAAUUUUGUGCAGUUGCAUGAAAGUUUACUAUUAUCUAAUGCUUCGAAAUAACAUUUUUUAAAAAUCCUGAUUUCAGCGAUGAGAUUGAUCAAUGAAUAAUUGACAUAGGUACCUACUUAAGCAUAAUUUACAGAAUUUUGUUAGACAACUGGUGUACCUAGAAGUACGAUAUUUAUUCAAUGUGUUCAAUUGGUAACUUGGGUUAUAAAAUAUAUAUUCUGGUCAAAUCAGAAUGAUUACGUAAAAUAAUUAAGUACGACCUUAACGACCUAAGUAUCCAGUUUUUGAUUUUUUUCAUAUCAAAUUCGUAAUGGAAUUCUGUAGGAUUGCGAGUCAAACAAUUAAAAAAUCCCCUACCUUGAAAAAAACUAAGCAACUAGUAGAUGCUCAUUGCUCAAAUUCAAAAGGGUGGUUUGGCAGUUGACACAAUUUUUUUUUUUGUUUUUGUUUAGGGUUUUUAUAAUUGCCAGAUUAUUACACCCGACACAAAAAAAAUUAAAAUUGAAAAUUGGGAAAAACAUGUACCUAGGUAAUAAAAAUUUAACCACUUCAAUAAACAAUACCUAAUAAAACCAUCGUUAAUAAAAGUCGAUGAAUAAAACAAUGAAAACCUAACUUGAUCCAAAAAAAUGAUAAAAUUCACUUUGAAUUCGAUUGUGUAGUUGAAAAUCAGAAAUAUAUAUUUUUAAAUGUUGAAUGGUGAAGUUGGUGACUGAGUCUGAAGGAUGAACUUAUCAUCAAGCUGUUCUGAGGUCCAAAUACCUACAUUUGUGAUAUCCUUUUUCUUAGAUUUCCAUAAUCGCACUUCAAAAAAAUAGAUAAGUUUUUUUUCCUUGUAUUAUUUUGGUUCCUAUUCUACAUUGUAAACAAUACCAUAAAAAUCUCGUCAAAAUUGUUGAUAGCAUAUCAUUGUGCUUUGGUGUCCUUGAAAUCAUAUGAAUAAAUGUAGGUAUAUGGGUAAUACAUUAUAACUAUGUAGGUAUGUACUUACUAUCGUGUUUGUAAGUUUUAACUAAGCUUAGCAAGAAACGAUAACGUGAGUGAAGUAAAAAGACACGGUUUUGUAAUUUUUAGAAUAAUUUGUCAAUAUUUUUGUGCGAAAAAUGUACCAGAUAUUAAUUAGAUAUUCAUAGUGAAAAUAAUAGAAUUCGAUGUAAAUAAUGUGAUUAAAGUAUUUUAAGCAGGUA